AGACGGUGCUGCCUGCAACCCUCGGCCAACCCCCGGCGACGCGGCACCAACAACGCUCCUCGCAUCCAAAGACACGGGGUAAGCCGCCCGUGAACAGGCCGAACGCGGUCCAGGAAAAGGCGGACUGCAAUCAGAACGUCGAGUGCUCCUUCGAGCAACUGUGUAAUAUGAUCAACGAUCUGGAGAAGAAUAUCGUCAACGAGAUGCCGGAAGUCGAGAAUCAUCUCCAGUUGGAACCGGAAAAGGAUAACUCCGAUCGGACCUGUGGGGGGAAUGGGACGACAUAUGAUGAUAUAAUGUCCUUUCUGACGAAGUUCGAGGAGACUGGUCCGUUAGACGAGAAGCUGGACAUGGUUGAGGUGGAUGCUGCGACGAUGCUUAGGGAGAUGCUGGAGGAGCCGCAAGGUCUAUCUUGCCUUAGCUGCGACAGCGCUAACGUCGAGGACAACUCUCCUUACACCUUCAAAGAGGACUUGGCCACAGCUCGAUUACAACUAGAAGAAAAGAACGCCACUGUAUCGUUACUCAAAGAACAAUUAAGAUCCGAGAGGAAGCUCGCCUGCGAUAAACUGGAAGCUCAGAAGAGAAACAGCGCGUGCAAACUGCAGCAACAAGAAGACAAGUACAAAGGAAUAGUAAAGAGGCAUCAGAAGUUCAUCGAGCAGCUGAUCUCCGAGAAAACCGAGCUGACUGAGAAGUGUAACUCCCUGGUGCAGCGAGUGAAGGAGAUAGAAACGAAGAUGCAGCGGGAUUUGAAGGCUGCAGCUGAGAGACAUGCGGUGGAACUGCAGAGGGCGAAGGACAGGUACGCAGCCGCUGAGAAGAUCAAACGGGAGCGAUGGAUAGAAGCUAGGACGACUAAGAUCAAGGAGAUGACGGUGAAGGGGCUGGAAUCAGAGCUGCAUAAUAUGAUGGAGCAGCAUGCAGAGGAGAUUCAGAGGCUGAGGAACGUCCACAUGAAGGAGCUGCAGGAUGUGGAACUGAGAACCAUACGUCGUUCGAAUGAACAGUUGGAACAGCUGCGAUUGGAACUGACUGCCAGUCAGGAGAGGAUGAUGACUAAUGAGAAGAACCUUCUGUGGACCAGAUAUAAAGAGAAGCUGGAAGAGCAAGAGAGUCAGUUCAAAGCCCAGCAAGGAAAACUGUUGGAAGAGCUGCAGCUGGAAAGGGAGAAUUUAAGUAAAGAACGAGGGAAAUGGGAGGCUGAGAAGGAGGCAGCUUUGGAACAGAUGCACCUUCGCUACCAGGAAGAAACAGAGCUUCUCAAGCAACGCCAUUUAAACGAGAAGAAGGUCGUCGAAGAAUCGUUGAAGAUGGAAUGGGAGGCCUGGCUAGCUGAUUACAAGAGGCAACAGAAUUUGAGGAUCGAGCAGGCUGAGAGUAAAAUUAGGGAGGAGUGUGACAAAGAGAGAGAUCGACAAAUCGAGCUUGUCAUCGAACGUUUUGAGAAACAUUCUCGAGAUGCUAAAUUGACCCUUCAACAGAAUUUCGAUCGUAAUCUUAGAUAUUGGAGGGAAAAAUUGGAGACGAGUCUGCAAGCUGCGAUCGAUGCCGAACGAUCUUCCAAGGAGAAGUUGAUCCUGACGAAGGAGAAACUGGAGAAAGUUGAAAUUCAGUUGCAACAAACGGAGAACAAGCUGCGGCAAUGCCUGUCCGAGUUGAACGACGCGAACGAGGUAAUACAGGAGCUGCGUAUGGAAAAGGAUCAGGCGAAAAAAUUGGCCAGGCAAGAAAUUGAAGGGGAGAAAAGAGAAUUAGAGGAGAAAAUCGCCUCGCUUUAUCAGGAAAUAACUCGUAUUAAUUCGAACAAAGAUGCCUCCAUGUCUCAGUUACAUAGCAGAAUUAAAUUAAUAAUGACCCAGAAAGUCCUGACGAUUAAAAAUUUAACCAAAGAGCUGGACGAUGCGAAACGACAGAGCGAACAUUUAGAGAAGUUACUGGAUCAACAGCGAAGAGAAUAUAUUUUAAAAAGUUUAUGAAAAACUGUUGUUCCAUGUACACCCUCGAGGUCCCCUUAGGGAAAAUGGCGAUCUGAGCUAGCGGAG